AUGAUUCUGCCACAGACCAGUAUCAGAGGCCCGAGGGCAUGGUCUAUCGCUCUUGCUGUGAUCUGGUUCUGGGCAGCUAUCUUUUACGAAUACCCCAGCCUGAUUCCUUUUGACGGCGCAGCACGAAUCCAAACACUGACAAUACCCUCACUCAAGUCCGGAGAGCCCAAGUCCGGAGAGCCCGGGCCCUCGCAAGACGUCUUCUUGACCCAGCCCCUUGGAGGUGAGGCCAUCAAGGCAGUGUGCGGGAAGACUGCCUGGAACGAAGGCCUUGUGUUCACAUGCAAUGAGUCGUACGGUGGGGUCGGGAACAUUCGCAACUCAAUCCUGCACUGCGUUCGCUAUGCCAUCCAGGCUGGGGCGAGCCUGGUCCUCCCUCGAAUCGUUCUCCGAUCCUCUACGGACAUCGGCAACCUUGAGACCGGGGAGACGGCGCACUUCUCAUACAUGUUCGACACGCCGCAUUUCUUGGAACAGAUGCAGCUGUUCUGCCCGGAGAUGAAAGUCCAUAACACAAUUGACGAUGCCAGAGCUGGCUGGGAUGGACAGGAAGGCAUCACCUUGAGCGUCAAGCCCGAGUCUCUGGUCGAUGGUGGCGUCCCUCGGACUGGCAUCCCGGACCCCGGCGCCUGGCGUGGACAGUUCUAUUCGUGGCUGGACAAACAGGUUGCCACCGCUGGUAAAGGCACAUCUGGCCUCGUCAUCGUCAACCUGCAGCGUUCGUACAUGACAUACCCGAUCUAUUCCGACGGCGAGGCCUUCGCCCUCACAUUCGCCUCUGUCCUGCAGUUCCGCAAUGACACCCGUGCCUUAGCCAGCAAAGUCCUCUCGUCUCUGGCAGAGCGGUUCUCGCUCGACAUCGAUCUGAACAAGGACAUCCUCCCGAACUCCUUCUUCGGCAUUCACCUGCGCACCGAAGCGGACUCCAAGAACGCCUGGGAGAGCGCGGGCGACUACUGGUUCUACUCGCACUACCAGAACCAGGUCAAGGUCUACCUGGAGCAGGCUCCGCGGUCGAGCCCGUCUGCAAUAUACGUCGCAUCGGGGGACCCUUCCGAGACGUUCCGGUUCGUCGCCGAUGCGGCCAAGGUCCCCGCGCCGAACAACUACCCUGUCGUGAGCAAGGCGGAACUCCUCGGCGGAGCGGACCUAGAGGAGCUGCAUGCCCUGACGUUCGACCAGCAGGCCCUUGUCGACUAUCUCGUCCUACUGAAGGGGUCGGACUUUGCUGGGGUGGCGCACUCGAGCUUCGCUUGGAGUAUUGCGUUGAAGAGGCAUCAGUUCGCGAAGAAAAGGGGAGAGUUCUUAGAUGCACCUGAGAUGCUGGACGAUGAUUUGAGCAAGAUAUAUGGCACUAAGCCAACCGCAUGCAACUCACUGACGUUCAAAGAGGCGUGCCGCCUGAACGCCAACCCACUCAAGCAUUUUGUCUCGACAAUGAAGGACAAGUGGCCAGAUGAUUCAUCUCUCUCACACAAGCGAAUGGAGGUCCAGCGCCUCCUCCCGAUAAUGCCUGCAUUUAUGCAGCAACCGGCGACGGUACAAGACACCUAUUCGUAUUCACUCGCAGCCACUGUCUUGUCUUCGUGCGUCAAGGCGCAUCACUUCCCAGAUCUGUCCGAGAAGCGAAUUUCCUCAUUUCCGAAGUGA